GGAUGUACUGAUGUGUGCAUUCCCAACAUACCUUCUGGUUGCUGUGACUUCUGUCCUCCGCCGCCUCUCAUCUGUCCUCUCACGGGACUGCCAAUCAUGUCACGUGUUAGGAGACGAGCGCAGCGCCAGUGCAGGUUGGACGCUCACUGCCCGAGCGACUCCGUGUGUUGUGCCGACGGCUGUGGCCAUCACGGCAAGAUCUGCAAGAAGAAGGCGAGGAAUUCAAACGCUCUGGCUUACCGUCCUUCGAAGGUGAAUAUGACCGUCAUCAUGACCUCAGCGUCAGCCGAGAGCCAGCAGUUCCUGACCUCUUACCUCGCUCCUCUUGAGCUGUCGCUGCGGAACUACGUCAGGGUGGAGGUCGUGCCUUUCGGACGGGUGGAGAACGGCGGGUGCCAGCACGGGCCCGGCGACUGCUUGGGGAACCGGCUCAUCUCGUGCUCGGAGCGCCACCUGGCCGCCGCUGACAGGGGCGUGGCGUUCGCUGUCUGCCUGACGAAGUACCAGCACCAGUUGCGCUCCGCUGACCACUCGGCCAUCUUGUCGGCCGCUUUGUCGUGCGCCGAAGGAUCAAGAAGGAAUACCAAAGCCUUCUACAGGUGCGCCGUAGGACCUGAGGGAUACCAGCUGUUUGCGGCAGCUGGCAGGAGACAGUACCAGCUGGUGCCCUUCCUCUCCUAUGUACCAACUGUGCUCAUCGAUGGGGAAGUGGUCGUGAGAAGUUACGGUGACAUGGCGAAGUUCCCCUCGGCGCUGUGUAGUAAACUGGACCACUUACCUCAAGUUAGGUCUUACUGUCAGAGUUUGGGCCACCAGCAGGUAAAAAAAUAAAGGAGAAUGACCUAAGAAAACUGAAUAAAGAUGAAGGAAAACAAACAAACAAACAAAAUGAACGAGAAUGGCCUAAGAAAGCUGAAGAGGGAUGAAGGAAAACAAACAAACAAACAAGAUGAACGAGAAUGGCCUAAGAAAACUGAAUAGGGAUGAAUGAAAACAAACAAACAAACAAAAUAAAGGAGAAUGACCUAAGAAAACUGAGCGAGAAUGACUAAAAACAAACAAAAACUGAAGGAGAUUGACUAAAAAAAAAUAUGAACGAGAAUGGUUGAUAAAAAUGAACGAGAAUGUUUUUUGAAUCGGGUCGAAGCGCAAAGCAUUUUGGGUAAUUUUGUUUUGUUUGUUUUUAGGAAAUAAAGAUUUA